GAACUUAUAUUUUUCUCUUUCUCUCACCCCGGGCUGCAUUUGUGAAAAGUUCUUUCUCUUAGACAAUGAUUCGUCUCUUGAUUUUCGUCUUUCUUUGUUACUGCGAAGCAUUUAAUUUAACAAUACUCCACAAUAACGAUGUCCAUUCCCAUUUUGUAGAAUUCAAUACCAAUGCAGGAAGAUGCACUGAAAAACUUGCUACAGAAAAGGAAUGUUAUGGUGGAUUUGCUCGUCAAGUAACAAUGGUUAAAAAAGUGAGAGCUAAUGAAGAGAAUGUACUACUUUUGAAUGCAGGCGACUUUUAUCAGGGUACCGUAUGGUACACUUUGCACCGCUGGCGUGUUGUUGCUGAUUUGGUCAACCAGCUCAACUUAGAUGCUAUGUCUCUGGGAAACCACGAAUUCGAUGACGGUCUUGAAGGACUUCUUCCUUUCCUUGAGAACGUUAACACGACUGUUCUGGCUUGCAACGUGAAUGCAACUAAAGUACCUGAAUUUGGAGAACUCAUCCGACCAUCCAUAGUAAUAGAUGUUGCUGGUGAGAAAAUCGGCGUCAUUGGUUACCUUACUCCUGACACGAAAUUUUUGUCUUCUCCAGGUGAUUUAGAAUUUGAAGAUGAAGUACAAUGCAUUAAGAGAGAGGCUGAAAAACUAACGAGAGUUGAAAAUUUAACAAAGAUCAUAGCAGUUGGACAUUCUGGUUUCAAGGUUGAUCAAAUGAUCGCUAGAGAAGUACCAGAAGUAGAUAUUGUCAUAGGAGGGCACACAAACACUUUCUUAUACACAGGUAAAAAGCCUUCCGUAGAAGAACCACAGGGUCCCUAUCCUGUCGUUGUAGAAAGAGAAGAUGGAUCCCUCGCUCUUGUAGUACAGGACUUUGCCUUUGGCAAAUACAUGGGUUACCUUCAAGUCGAAUUUGAUAACCAAGGAAGAAUCCAAAAUUGGGGUGGGAAUCCCAUGCUCCUAAACGCCUCAGUACCGGAAGAUUUAGAGACAUUGGAACUAUUAAAACCUUACGAAGAAGACGUGGCAUUACGUAGUAAAUGGACAAUCGGCAAAACAAAUGUCUUGUUGCAAGGGGGCGCUUCUGUCUGUCGUAUGGGUGAAUGCAACAUAGGCAAUCUUAUAACAGAUGGAUGUCUGGAUUACAUAAUCAAAAACCCUACCGAGAAAGGCUGGAGUUUUGUUGCUGUUGCUAUCUGGAACUCGGGAGCCAUACGUUCGUCGAUCGAUGAGAGAAUAAAUGAAGGUAAUAUCACUCUAGAAGACGUUCUAGCAGUGGCACCCUUUGGAAAUACCCUGGAUAUCGUCACAUUGAAAGGAAAGCAUCUAAGAGAGAUAUUGGAGCAUUCGGUAAAAAACUACGAUGCUGACGGUACAGAUACUGCAGGAGCGUUUUUGCAAGUAUCAGGUCUUCGUUUAACUUAUGACGUAUCCAAACCACCAGGUUCCAGAUUAAUAGAAGCAUCGAUAAGAUGUGCCGAUUGCAGAGUUCCCCAUUUCGAGCCUUUAAAUGAUGAAGGCAUCUAUACAGUGGCGAUGAACUCUUUCAUUGUUAAAGGCGGAGACGGUUACGAUAUGAUAGAGAAGAAUGCUAUCAGCCAUAAGCCAACAGAUAUAGUGGACAUCGAUAUCCUUAUCAAAUACGCCGAAAAGUACUCACCUAUUACCACUGGAUUGGAAGAUCGCAUCAGCUUAAUAUCAUCUAAGAAUAUCCCAAAGGAAAGUAGGUCUGAAACUUCAGCAUCGUCCACUAUAGAAGAGUACGAAGAAAUCCUGAAAAGUAUCUUUGAUGAGAAGAUAUCACCUCACUUGACAGAAAUACUAGGCAUUCCCAGUUUAAGAGAAACUGGCAGAAAUAGACUCGCAACCAAUGCUGUUGACUAUAAGAUGGCUUAUGACAUGCCAACAGCAUCUGGCAUUUAUGAAGAACAGAGGAGUCGAGAAGUUACAACUAAUAGUAUUCUUAAUGGUAAAACAACUGAUGGCUUCACACUUACAUCACAUAUUCCUAUACUUACCGACAGUCCAGAAGAAUAGACAUCCUUUCAAGUUUCCUUGACUAUGAAAAAAGUUAAGUUUUCUUGAACUCACACUUUCAUCCAAAAAGAAGACAUAAUAUAAUUUCAAGUGUAAAGAUUGUACGAGUACAUUGUAACACCUUAAAAAUGUAAACUAAUUGCAUAUCAUACAUAAAAUUUAUGAAGUCAGUGAAUCUUAA